UUUCUCACUCCACCCAAAGCCGAAAAAGCCAUGACACAAAUAAAAGGAACAACUCCAACACCAACAACAGCAGAUCACAAUAAAAAAUAAAUCCAAAAACAAAACAGUUUCUUGUAAACUAAGGCAUUCCCAUAAUUUCUUCACCACCAAUCAAACCCCUAUCGCUUGCUUUUCCCUCCACCAAAUCACCAGAAGACGCCUCCCUAUCAAAACCCCCAACCUCUCCAAUCUCAGCUUCUCGGACUCAUGGGUCGCGAAGCUGACCUUCAGAUAAUACCAUCAGCCGCCGCCGCCACCAUCGCCGUAGCCGCCCCCAUAGACCCGCCGACGCCGCCACCUGCGCCGACAGCCCUCGCUCCCGGCUUCAGGUUCCACCCAACAGACGAAGAACUCGUCAUUUACUACCUCAAGCGCAAGGUCUGUCGCAAACCCUUCAAGUUUAACGCGAUCUCCGAGGUCGACAUCUACAAGAGCGAGCCCUGGGACCUCGCUGACAAGUCGAGCUUGAAGAGCAGAGACCAGGAAUACUAUUUUUUCAGUGCGUUGGAUAGGAAGUAUGGAAAUGGGGCAAGGAUGAAUAGGGCUACCAACCAAGGGUACUGGAAGGCCACCGGAAAUGACCGGGCCGUCAAGCACAACGAUUUCGUGGUGGGGAUGAAGAAAACCUUGGUGUUCCAUAGCGGCCGAGCUCCAGAUGGGAAGAGGACCAAUUGGGUUAUGCAUGAGUACAGACUUGUUGAUGAAGUUUUUGAGAAGGCUGGGCUCGGUGCCAUUCAGGAUGCAUUUGUGCUAUGUCGAGUGUUUCACAAAAGCAAUAUAGGACCACCAAACGGGCAUCGGUAUGCGCCUUUUGUUGAGGAGGAGUGGGAUGAUGAUGACAAGUUAACUUUGGUUCCUGGACAAGAGACCCGGAGUGUAGCUGUAGUUAGUCGUGAUGCAUUUGUGGUGGGAAAUGAUCAUGCUGCAUGUACUGAACAAAAUGAUUAUGCUGCUCGUAGUGAGCAAAAGGUACAUGCUGCUCGUAGUGAACAAAAUGAUUAUGCUGCUAGUAGUGAGCAAAAGGUACAUGCUGCUAGUAGUGAGCAAAAGGUACAUGCUGCUCGUAGUGAACAAAAUGGACAUGCUGCAUACAUUAAAGGAAACGGACAUGCUGCAUACAUCGGAGGAAAUGGGCAUGCUGGAUACAUCGGAGGAAAUGGGCAUGCUGGAUACAUCCGAGGAAACGGGCAUGCUGCAUAUAUUGGAGGCAAAGGCCAAGCUGCAUAUAAUGGAGAAAAUGGUCAUGGAACUUCCAUUGAACGAAAUGGUCGUGGAAUUUCCAUGGAAGGAAUUGACCAUGGAACUUCCGUUGGUCAUGGAACUUCUGUCAAAGGAACUGGUCACGGCACCGAAGGAAAUGGUCACAGCACAUCUGUCAAAAGAUACGGUCACGUUACUUCUGUCGAAGGAAGUGGUCACAUCACUUCUGUCGAAGGAAAUGGUCAGGGCACUUCUGUCAAAGGAAAUGGUCAUGGCAUUUCUGUUGAAGGAAAUGUUGUUGAAGGAAUUGGUCAUGGCACUAUAAUUGUAGUAGACGACAAUGGAACUACUAAUGAAGGUAACUGUCAUGAAACUGGUACUGCAGGAAAUGGUCACAGUGCGCCCACUGCAGAAAAUAAUAUUGUGCAGGAUACUCAGGCAAUCAGCAAGGCUAUUGUUGUUGUUCCUGAACUUCCAGCAGAGAAUCAAACUGUCUUACCACCGUGCAAGACAGAGAGAACGGAUGAUUAUCCUAUGACAUGUGUGGUUAAUAGAGAAGAGAGAUUGGAUGACUAUCCGUCACCAGGUCCAGAUGAUGCACAACCCCUGCUAACUUUGUUUAAUCGACAACCUGGGCAACUACGGCAGUAUAAAAGAAGGCGGCAUAAUGAGUCAAAUUCUAACCAUUCAAAUGCUUCUGAGAUUUCAAGUGGGAUGACACAUGACCCUUGCUCGUCUACAACAACAACAGCGUCAACUGAGGCAUCGAUGACAACGACCACCAGAAAUUUUCUGUCUGCACUGGUGGAGUAUCAGCUGUUGGAAUCCCUUGAACCCAAAGAUACCACCCCAGCACCUCCUCCUGAACUUAAUGCUGCAUUGAUGGAAUCAUCUGUGCCUACCAGCUGCUUGAAAUACAUAGAGACUUUGCAAACUGAGAUCCACAAAAUCUCAAUCGAGAGGGAGACAUUGAAGUUUGAAAUGAUGAGUGCCCAAGCCAUGAUCAACAUUCUUCAAGCCCGAAUUGAUCUCCUAAACAAGGAGAACGAGGAUUUGAAGAGGAAGGUCUGAGUCGCCUAGUGAUUCGUAGUCGUACGUACUCCCCCUGUGUUCGUUGUAUGAGUUAUCGGCCCCGUAUGGGCCUUGUCGGACUAUCUGAAGUGAGUAUGUUUUCUUUGUUAGACCAAGGAGGAGCUGUCUCUGUUGUUAAUCGAACGAUGUUGUACCCGUGUAGCAAGCUGCUUGUACCGGUAGCAAGCUGAACCAUGUCAUCCAAAUCGGCAGUUUUAGACCCUAAUUAUUAUUAUAAAUUUCGAGCUUAUUUGCUUAGAGCCUU